AUGUGUGUCUCCCUGGAAAGGUAUCUGGUCAUUGCCAAGCCGCUGUGGUACAGAUUUAGACGAAACAUCAAAACAUCUGUGUUGGUCUGUGUCACGAUCUGGAUCCUUUCUCUUCUUUAUAAUCUUAGCAUUUAUCUCCUUUUGGAAAUUCAUAUUGUAAAAAUCAUCCAGGUUGCUGGUGUCCUCCUCCCUCUUCUCUUGUUCAUCUUCUGCCUGGUUGGGACCAUUAAAGCUCUGUCUGAAGCUCGCAGUGUCUCUGCUGAGGAAAAACGUCGAAUUGUUUCCAUCCUGGUUGUGGUUUUGCUCAUAUAUAUUUUGCUUUUUCUCCCCAACGUGAUAUAUUAUCUGUUGGAAAAUCACGGGCAAAAUUCAAUCUUCUUUGUUGUGUCUACAAUUGGUCUUUUCCUUAGUCCUCUUGCAGACUCAGCUUUGUAUAUUUUCCUGAGGAAAAGUGCAGUUGACAAGUUUUUGACCUCAUUGUGUUGCUGUGUGACGUCUAAGAAUCAGGAGAUCAGCAGCACUGAUGAUGUCAGCAUGUCAGCUGUUCGGUCUACAGCAGUUUAGGUUCCACUGAAACACAAAUAUCUUCAAAGCUUACUUUUGGAUUAUUUGCAAAGUAUAUUGCUUUCAGAUUAUACAUUUUUCUUUUUUUUUCAUGAUCUUUUGAAUACUAAAACCCAACAAUUGAAGAAAU